AUUAAAGACCCCGACACCAUUAUCCCUCAUUUAUCUAUGGUUAACGAAUUAGUAGCCGAGCAUAUAUUUACUGUUCCAAAAGAAAUUGGUUAACACUCUCUACUUCUCUUCCAACGAAGAUGACUACAACGUAGACCUUCGCAAACUCGCAAUUGUAAUCUUCAUGAUCAUCGGUGAUGUUGAACGUCACGAAUAGUUACACUGAAUCGGCUUCCCCAGGACGCAAGCGAAAUCUCGAACGUCGCGUUGUGCAUAUAAUAAUACAUGAUAUGAUAGAAAAGUGAGUGUUAAUAAUAACAGUAGUUUAAUAGAAAUCGUAGAAAAAAAUGUUAACGAGCCGCCGAAUACUUUUCCUGAAGUUUUUAAUUGUAAUUGGCGUCGUGUGUCUGAUCAUUACACAGUAUCACAAUACAUCCGAUAUCAUAAGGGAAAUGCAGCAGUCUGGAAGAAACUUGGCAGCAUUAGAGCGGCAGCAAAGUUCCGUCGAUCAAUUAGAUCCCGCUGCGGGAAAUGUUCAGGUGGCGCAAGAAUUGGUCAUACCCACCGAGAAAGCGGAAAGAGUAUCGGAAGCGCUAAAUUUAGUUUCGUUCAAUGAAAGUUCUAGCAAUAAAGACGAUCCCGAGUUAACAAUUAUAAAUAAAGUACGAGAAGUGACCAAGUGUUUGGACAAACCCUUACUUCCCAAGAUACAGCAAAGGGGAGAUUAUUGGGUAUUGUACAACUACGUUAUGGCCGAGAAAAGACACAAAUGCCACGAAAGUAUUACUUACACCACCCAUGGGGAUUAUUCCUUUUUGGAUAAUGUAGUGCCCUUGUUAGAGAGAUGGAGGGGUCCAAUAAGUAUUGCGUUACAUGCGCCUGGCAAUGAUUUUCAACCCACUUUGGAUUCCAUUGCUUAUCUUCGUGAUUGCACGUCACCUUUAGUCAGGGAAUUCGUCACAUUUCACGUUUACUUUAGUACAAAACACGUUCCGAAACAGGUUCCCCAACAUGAUAAGGUUCUUCAAGACUUAUACAAUUGUUCGAUGACUCCACCGUAUUUCAAUAUAAGCAAUGACCAAAUGUACAAAGCACAGAAAAAGCUUUUAUACCCAGUCAAUGUAGGAAGAAAUGUGGCAAGAGAAAUGGCUCAAACUCAUUUCGUGCUCGCUUCAGAUAUCGAGUUAUAUCCUAGUCCAAAUAUAAUAACGCAAUUUUUAAAAAUGAUAUCCGUAAACGAUGGACCUCUAUUAGGAAAAAAUCCAAAAGUCUUUCCACUGCAUUUGUUUGAGGUGGCCGCUAAUCAGCAAAUUCCCGAGAACAAGACGCUGUUAAAGGAGAUGUUAGAUAACGGUACUGCUGUGCCUUUUCAUAAGCGGCUUUGUCCGGGAUGCCAUAAUGUACCCAAAUCGAAGGAAUGGCGAGCUGAAAAAGAAACUCAAGAUCUGCACGUGUUUCACGUCGGGAAACGAAACGGAUAUUACAUUCACUGGGAACCAAUUUUUAUUGGAACACAUGGUGAUCCUUUAUAUGAUGAGAGGCUUAGUUGGGAAGGAAAAAGUGACAAAAUGACGCAGGGCUACGCGUUAUGUGUACUGGAUUACGAUUUCCUCAUAUUGGAUAAUGUAUUUCUCGUUCAUAAGCCAGGAAUCAAAGUGUAUAAAAGAGAUGCUAAAAGAGACAUUUUGUCAGCAAAAACCAACCAUUUAAUUAAAAAAAUAAUCUUUCCCGAACUUAAAGCAUUGUAUGGCGUUAGAAAGGGCUGUGCUGUAUAGUUAAAUUAAUUUUUGUGUACUUAUCCAAAAGUGUACUGAUUAUUGUUAAGUAUAUAAUUAAUUACUGUAUUUCUUCUCCUUUAUUUUACAUUAUUUAUUCAUUAGAAUUUUUACCUAUGUACAUAAUUUUUUAUGACUGAUGAUUGAGAAUGUGAAUAUUUUAAUUGUAGAUAGGUAUAUGAAAAUGUUAUUUUUUCUCUUAAAUUUAUAAGUUCUUAUACCCAUGUGUGAACUUGAUAAUUACUUUGUUUUAUAUUUUAAUGUGCCUUAUAAAUGUGGUGAUUAUAUAUCUAUAUGAUAUUAAGUGUACAUAUAUAAUGUAAAAAGUCGCAUUCUGUUUAUUAUUAUUACUAUUAUUUUAAAACCUAUGAAGUAUUUCUCAGGAGUUACUAGUAUAGUUUGUAGAUUUGUUUGAGAUGCUUUGAAAUUUUGUUUAUUGUGUAUACGUUUAGCUUCUUUUGAUUAUAUUUAGUCACCACAAUACUUCUUUGUAGGUAUUGAAAAAGAUUUUUCGUUUAAACAAACAAUACCUAUUAGUCUAUAUAAUUAAUUGAUCAAUAUUUUAGUGGAGAUUUGUGUAAAGUUUGAUUAUUCUAUAAAUCGGAUCUUUAUAUGGGUGCUGACUUUUCGGUUAAAGUAGCGUGCCAAGAUCUAAAAUAUUGAGCAUUCCUAAAAUUGUUUUCCAUUAGUUGUUGGUAAUAGCUAGACAUUUUUAUACCUAAACAAAAUGAAGUAAAUGAAUCUGAAACAGUA